ACAGUCACACACGAAGACAGUGUCUCCUGAACGAGAGGGGGGGGAGGUGUCAAAGACAAGUGUUAGAGUUACUUCCCUUGUUUCAUCACUUCGUCAACAACCGAAAUGGAACCCGGGACUUCGGGUCCCGGUUUUAUGGACCUCAUCAACAAAUGCAACAGAAUGGAGAUCCCAGAUGUUGCUCCAAGCCAGUGUAUGCCUUUUAUUAUCGAAGGGUGCCAAGUCGGUCUGAUUCCGAAGAGUUUCUGGAAACACCUGGAGAUCUAUUCCGAUGUCUUCUACCUGGAAUCGACAGAAAAAUACGGUGACUGUAUUCGUCUUCACCAUUUCCCUUCCGUCGAAGAACGUUCCAGAAAAGUAGAAGGAGUUCUCAAAGACCUUCGAGGAAAGAAGAUCUUUAAGAAGCUACAAGGCUGGAGGGACGAGGAAUAUGCUGUUAGAACGUCCUACACAAGCCCGACACUGAUGAAUAUUGAAAGAGCUGGCAUUAAUAUUUUUGGUAUUCCUUCCUAUGGAACUCACAUGAAUGGUUACACAUAUUCUGCUGAUGGGAAACUAAUGAUGUGGAUUGGGAGACGGAGUGCAACGAAACCCACGUGGCCAGGAAAACUGGAUAAUUUGAGUGCCGGUGGUCUGCCAGUCAACAUGUCUGUCCUUGAGUGUAUGAAGAAAGAAUGCCAGGAAGAAGCAUCAAUUGAGGAGUCCUUACUGGAGAAACUCGUCCCCGCUGGAUCCGUCAGUUACAUGUAUGGUACCCAGGAUGGAUUGUACCCAGAAACCCAGUUCGUCUACGAUCUUGAACUGCCUCCAGAUUUUGCCCCCAAAAAUGCCGAUGGUGAAAUGAGCAACUUCUAUUUAUUAACAAUUGAUGAGAUUAAAAAGAAAAUACUUGAGGAAGACUUCAAACCUAAUUGUGGAUUAGUUAUAUUGGAUUUCUUAAUUAGGAUGGGUAUCAUAACACCUGACACAGAACCUCGUUAUCUUGAAAUAGUUGAGUUGCUCCACCGACCGAUCCAAUACCUAUUCCGUGACUUCACAUUUUGGUCGAACUCUGAUAUACCACGGUUCCAGUAGCCCCAGGAAACCCUUGGAAUUUUCUACAAAACCCCAAAUGAUAUGAACCUAGUGAUUCCUACCAUGCCCAGCUAAACAACAGCGGCAACAAGAACAUCAUUAAUGUCAACAACAAUGACAACAACUGCAGUAGCAGCAGCAAUGAUGACAAAAAUAUCAACAAGAACUACGGCAAAAGUGACAACAACAACAACAACAACAGCUGCUGCAACCACAUCAGAAGAGACGUUGAGAACAACAGUAACAACACCAAAAACAGUAGCAGAAACACUAGCAACAACAACAGCAACAGUUCUUGGAAGACCUUUAGGGGUCUUAGGUUCUACUCCUUCCCACAAAACAGCAAAUAAACAGAAAAAAAUAUAUCUUAA